CCCCAUCUCUGUCCGCAUUUGGUACAGUCCAGAGACGUGACGUAUAUCUCAAACACGGAAAAAGAACUGAGGCAAUGUGCUGCAAAUCCAACUUGAAUGUAUUUUGGGCGUUUCAGGCCUAAACAGACAAACAGGUCAGGAUAAGUGAGACCUGUCAAAGACCAAAGCAGCCAAUAAAAUGGCUUUUGCCAACCUUUUCACGGGACUAGCUGCUGUCGUUGAAGGCGUCACGAGCCCUGGUCCACCCAACUUAACACACAGGACCGAGGCUGAGAGUGGUCAAAGAGGCAAGGCCAGAAAAAGGAAAAUCCCAGUGGAGCAAACUGGACUUUAUAAAAAGAAGCUAUGUCAUGAAGGCCAGAGGGACAGAAGUAAUUAUGCAACGUCCUUCAAUGAAGAUGCCUCCAAGGCCGUACACAAUGCUGAUAGCGAACGUGUGAUUCAAAAUCAAAGUUAUAAAGAUGGCUACAAUAACAACGGUCAGAUUUACACAGCUAAAAAGAACCGUAAGUGGAACAAGCAGCAGCGACGGCUGCUGCAAAAACAGCAACAACAGCAGCCGCAACAACAACAACAACAACAACGGCAGCAGCAGCCGCAACAACAACAACGGCAGCAGCAGCCGCAACAACAACAACAACGGCAGCAGCAGCCGCAACAACAACAAAAAAAACAGCAGCAGCCGCAACAACAACAAAAAAAACAGCAGCAGCCGCAACAACAACAACAACAACAACAAAAACGGCAGCAGCAGCAGCAGCAGCGGCAGCGGCAACAGUACAAAACGAUUCCAGAGGGCCAAAAAUAUCAUCAUCAUCAUCAACCGAAGGAUGGAAGACCUGCCAAUAGAGGUGGAGGCUUUCACACUCAACCUACUCGUGGACAAGGUGGAAGAUACAGACGGACUACAAAUUACAAGCAGGACUUCCAAGUGCAACGUACAAGGUUGAUGACCCAGGAGUUCAAGGACCAGAACGCCUUGUUGGUCAAUGGGCGGUUAAUCUGCCGACACUUCCUUUUGGGACGGUGCAUCAAGGCAUGCGAAUGUCAGCUGGAACAUGUUAAAGCACACAACAAUCUCGUCAAAGAAGUGUGCAAGUUUUACGUUCAAGGAUUCUGCUUGAAGGGGGAGAGCUGCCCAUACAUGCAUAAGUCCUUUCCCUGCAAGUUCUUCCACCAAAACGGAAAAUGUUCUAAAGGAGAAGAUUGCCGGUUUUCCCACGAGCCACUUAAUGACGCCUCAAACAAACUGCUCCAUGACGCAUUAAAACGCGAUGAUGAACUCAAUGCACUUGCAAAGAAAGCUGAGCAGGAGUCGUCCGGACAGCCAGAGAAUAGAGAUGACUCCGAAAUUACAGAACCAACCAGGACUUCUAAUGAAGUCGUGCAUCCACUUAGGCCUAAUUUUUACAACAGCAGAGAAAUCCAUGGUGAGAAGGAAUCCUUGUUAUGUCAGAGUCCAGAGCUGGCUGAUGUCCAUCAGGAAGCUGCCCCAGCACAUGCAGCGGAUGUUGCCCAACCUCACAUGCUGCCGUCAAGUAACCUUCAACAUGAGGAGCCAGUUUGUUAUUCAGUUGCAGCAGUCCUUGGACCUCAACUUUUCAAACCUUUCCCUAGUUUCUUUACAUCUCAAAGAAGGGAAGAAUCUGGCAGUUCAGUCCUUCCAAACCAAAGCGAAGUUCCAUACUCUGUGGAUGCUGUUCUCCGGUCUAAAUCAGUGGAAAACUCCAUCUUUAUACAGACACCUACCCUUUAUGCUGCGAAAACUGUAUCCUAUACCCCAAAAGCUGACUUUGCAGAGAUCCAUGUUCCUGUACCAAGCUCAGAAACCCAAGAUGAGACGUUCUUGCAUUCAAUAGAUACCAGAAAGGAUGCUAAUAAUCCCCUGGGGAAAGUAUUCAAGAGCCCAUCAUCGCUCAAUGUAGACACCAGUCUGCUUUCAAAGAACUUCCCUAGUCUACCUCUGGCCUCAAGACACAACAAGACACAUGGUGGCACUGUGCCACAAUCAAUGAAACCUGGCCAAAGAGCUGCUAAUGAAGUCAAGUUGGAGUUGCUGCAUUCUACCGUUACUGUAGCAGAUAAGUCUGCUACAGUGUUUAAAAGGGAGGGUGCUCUUCCUUUUGGAUGCACAAAUAACAAAAGCUAUUUUUCAAAGCCAUUAAGUCAGACAUCUACUUCCAAACAUCCUACAGAGUCUAGGCCUGUUCUGACAUCUGACCCACAAGCCCCACAAAAGCCCUUUUCUCAUUUAGGUUUCCCAGACUUUAAAAGUAGGGCUGUUGUUCCUGUGGAGCCUGUCACCACCUCCAUUAAGACAAGUCAUUUUGCAAACCCUGGCAGUCAUCAUGUUGUAGAAAAACAACCUACUGACCUCCACUUGCACUCUAAAAAGCCACAAGCUGUCCUCAGCCGGGAAGCACAACAGCCGUAUCUAACUGCGAUCAGAGCAGAGGGAAGCAGCGAGGCAGCACAUUGCUGUGAUCUUGCAGUUGAAUGUAAAGACACCCAAAAACGAACGAUUCAUAGCCUUUUCGCGAGGCCCCUUUUUGAAAAUCUUCAGCCUAUAGAAGAUUCUGAACCAAGUUCCUCUCGUCCUCAAAACUUAAUUCAAUCUUCCUGUCCUGCUCCACAGCCUGCAGGAUCCAGUAGGAAUUGUGUCAAAGCUGCAGGUGAACCAGACAAAGCUCCUUCCAGAUCCUUCCUCAGACUUUUUGCUGCCCCUCUCAGUGAUGCCCCUCAACCAGAUCUUUCAGGGACUCCCUCCUCCUCUCAACAGUUAGUUGAUAAUAAUAAAUCUCAUUUAUCAAACUCCGAAUCAAGGGCUUCUGAUAUAAAGACGCCUCUCCAACACCAGAUUAGAUCUGUUGAAGAAAACUCCUGUUUGUCUCCUGAUGCUAAAACAAAAAGUCAAGACUGCUCAACAGAGAAAACGAAUGAACCGUUAAAGCUUAAUCCCGUCUCUCUCAUUGAAUCUCUGGGAGAGAUAUCUACCAGUCCAACCAAAACCCAUUCUCCGCAGCAGCAGCUGCCCGACACGGCCUCCCACAAAGUUGCAGACAGUGCAGGCUCAGUUCUGAAGAGUCUCUUCCUGACUCUGAACCCGUACCAACAGCAUGAAGAGCAACAGAUGAGUGUCACUUCAGACUCGAGACUCCCGGUCCAACGGCCCACUGAGAAAAAGAUUGCACAAAUCCCCUCUGAGGCAACUGGGGGAUCUACCCUCAGCAGUUCAGGAUCAGCUGAUCCCCAGGUGAAAAAAUGCGGCACGCACAGCAUGCCGUGCAUACCGGUGGUGCCGCCGAGACAGCGUCACGCGCGACCACAACGGAAGCCCGCGUCAGAGGGAGCACCGCGGGUCAAUGGGGACGUGCCGGUCACGCCACUAAAAGACCUUUUUAAGACUUUAGAAACGACUGUUUUCCACUUCGGACAAUAAAGUAACAUUACUUUGUUAGAUGUCACUCAUGAUCUUUAUAAACUUGGCAUCGUGGUUAGUUUUGACUGCUGUCUUAAAGAGCGCAUAUGUUUGACUGGUUCUUUAUUUAAAAAUCACAUUCUUUUUUUUUUUUUUGGUAUUAUUCAUGCAGUUUUAAGACUUCAUCAUUGUAAUAUGCAAUUAAAUACUACGAUUUUUUAAAAGUUUGUUAUAUUUUACUUUGUGCCCUCAAAAACACAAUAUUCAGGUAAAUAAACGUAAAAAAAUAUAUAUAUUCUAAAGUUUGAAUUUGUACCAAAAAUUGUCCCCAAAAAUUGUCCCCAAACUUGCCGACUUUGGAACCCAACAGAUGAGCAUUGAUAACUCAGUAAUGAUUAAGGUCUGAAGCCGCUGCAGACAUGAUGGGAUGACAGAAAGCUCUUUAAAUCCAUCAAUGACACUUUGGAUACACAUUGGAGAUAAAUCAAAUAAACUCCUGAAAUGACAAUGGUAAAAGUCAAAUGAAGGAAAAUCUAAUUUUUUCCACUUCGCUCUCCAUCAUCAUCAUCAUCAAAACACAAGAUGAGGGGAAAAUCUCAGGAUUGGUGUUCAUUCCGCCAGCUAGACGACAAUGUCGAGGAGCACUGAUUCUGUUUUAGAGGCUCAGGGUGACCCAACACAUCCUUUCAAUAUGUAUCUAUACUUAUAUAUUGGAAAAUGGAGAUUUAUGUAAUCUCUUGCAAGUAGGAGGGUAUACUGUGUUUU